AUGGAAUUCAAUAAAGUUGGAAAUAUUCCAGUAGAGUUAGUACUAGAAUCUAGUGAGCAAUUAUUUAUUGAAAAUACCAUCAUAAAUAAUGCACCACCACCAACUCGAUGUACCGACAUCAACACUUACAACCAGAACUUGACGGACAAUGGCUUCCUGUUCGAGAUUUUCGGAGAGAAUUCUGCGCUCAUCAACAUCAAGGAGAUCCGAAAGGGACGAGGUUUGGACUACGACUGGGACGACCCAAUGUACGGUGGCGAGCUCUACAUGACUCCCAACAAGGGUUUCGGAGCCAGCGACGACAUCAAGGGCGAUAUCAUUCGACUUGAGUGCAAACAUGGCGCAGCUUCCGCUACUGGACAACUUUACACUGGCGCACAAUGUGUUUGCGACGGAAACUCGACCUGUUCUAUAACUCCUAACAACCCUGACUGGACCUGUGUCGAUCAAGAAGUAGCACCUAUUCCAUUGUGGAUGGGAGGAAAGUUCAACUUCGUCAAGGGAGUCGAAAGUGGAUAUGUUGUACUCAAAGCUCGUCUUGGCCAACUUAUGGACAUGGACAGCUGGGACUACAACCGAUUCGAUACAACGAACCACGCUGACUGGAAGGACCCUAACUACUGGAAGGGUAACGACACCUACACACCACCAUUCACUCUCUUUGUCUUCUGUCCCUUUGAUGUUUCCCUCGGUGGUCCUUCCAACAAAGAGGGUGCAAUGACCUUCCCCGAUUUCUACCCUGGCGAAAGCUCAAACGACGGAAUGUUGUGGUCAUUCCUCAGUCGAGACGGAACUCGAUACUUUAAGAACCCCAAGCUCAUCACUGAUGAAGUCACUGGCAACGUCACCAUGAAGUUCCCAUCUGUCUACUUCAAGGGAUACAUUGAUCGAUCUUCAGAUGAGGCUCAGCAAGGUCCAAUUAUCUUCGAUCCAAAUAUGCAGGUUGAGGAAGAUUACACUUGCGAAAUCGGUGUGAUCCCAGGACAUCACCCCGACCACCUUGUCAAGCUUGCAGAGAACUACCCUGUCUUUUCCGACGAUUUCCAGGCUAUGGAAAAGUAUCUCCGACAGCCACAAACCUGGGAAGAUCAAAAAUAA